GUUGUUGUUUGGUGGGCAGGGCUUAUGGAACAGUUAGUGACACUCUACAAUUCCUUUUGAUGUCUUUGAUCCCUUGAUCUUAUGAUGUCAGCAGAGACAAUAAAUAGAGGUGAUUCGACUGACAGUUCCUUCUUGCUAAAUUUCCCUUGGAACCAAGACGUGAGUUUGACGUGAGCAGCACAUAAGCUUGUUAAAUUAACGGACCAGUUUAAGAUCUCAACGAAAAUAAUCGACCAUCAAAAUAAUCGCCCAUCAAAAUAAUCGACCAACAAAAUAAUCGACCAUUGAAGUAGACAAUGGAAGCUGGAAAUAAUUGCAGGGUAAUAAGCGUCAAGCCUAGAAAGGUUACUGCCCCUGCGACUGAAUACAUGACAUUUAAAAAUAUGGAUUCAGUAAUAUGCGUCAAGCCUAGAGUGGUAACCCCUGACACUGAAGAAAUCAAUGUCAUCCUGCCAGCGAUUGAAUCCUUUUCUAAAAGGAUGACAAAGGAACAGUGGGGGUUGAUGAAUUUAGGCACCCCUGAUCAUGCCACUAACGUUUUAUUGGCAGAACUACUUUUGGACAUAAUAAAAACACUGUCACAAGCCUUGUUAAAGGCUAGGAGCCAAAAUGUUGCCUUUUCUGAGGAGAAUGUUCGGUCCAGUAUGGGCGACAAACUCUCUCAGAGUUUUAGCAAGGUUUUGAACGUUGAGGACCAGGUCCCCUGUGUCAGCUCGAUAUCAUUGACCAACUUACUUGCGAAAGAAGUUGCAGAUAUUUGCAAGUCUUCCCCUGUUGAGGACACUGCAGAGUUGCUCACAUUGCGUGUCACUACCUCCAAAAGACUAAAUGCUAUGGUUUGUCAUGCCUGCAAAAUGUUGAAGUCCUUCACAGUCAGGAUGAAAAUCGUCUGCUCAUCUCGCCCACGUAGUCAGAGACAAAGUCCGACCGCCUCUGAAGAACAACUAAUUGUGGAAGAUGAUAAGAAGGAAGCCACUGAUGUCCGUUGCUCUCUGUUACCGUUUGCAACCACAGCUUUGGAACCAGAAACCCCGGAGGUCUCAUCAGAGGACAGCUCUGAGAUGACAAUAGCUCAAGCCGUGGAAUAUAUAAUUAGGGAGGAGAUGAGUAAGAUCACUGAACCUCUACUGGAUGACUUGCCAGAGACAGAGUAUGAGCAACUAAAAUCAGAAAGCUCUCUGGAGAUUUUGAUUGUUGCAAAAGACAUUGCUCAGUCAAUUGUCGAGAGUUUGGACAAAAGAGAUGCUGCAGAACAAAAGCCGAAGCACAAACUUUGCAUGAAAAAAAUAGGAAACAUGAUCAAAACCUUUUUUGCAAAGUGCUUUGUCAAAACUUGGAUUCAUCGCAUGUUGGAGCAACUGAAGGCCAAAUUCCACCAGGGCUCCAAAGUUGAAAGCGGGCAGUCAGUGUCAUCAAUCCUAGAUGAUAUUGACUCUCUGCUUCAGCCACCGCAUGGUGGAAAAGCACACUGUAGAAACAACGUCGCUGUAUUCCGGGACCUAAAAAAGAUUUCUAGUGGCAAAGACUUGGUGUUCACAAAGGCCCUAUGUGAUCUCCUCUCCAGACACAUCUCACCUGGGAUGGCGCCCAAUAUUAUCCCAGAUGCCAUUAGAGAUGAGGAAUCUCACAGGACACAUCCUGACCUGUAUGCUGACAUACAGAGCAAAAUGUGGAGUUUCCUGGGAAUUCUGAGGUGGUGGCUGAACACAAAGGUCGGCGACCACAGUCAAGAAGCUCUAGAAGCUCUAGGCCAAUUGGAAAAUCGAUCACUGGCACCAAGACACAUCACACCAACCCAGUCAGCAGAGGCGUGUGAGGAUGCAACGGCAAAGACGUCAAGAAACAGAAUGUCCAUCAAGGUGAUCUUGCAGAAGCUGCUUUCACGCACAUUGAAGAAAGCAAAAGUGGACUACAAAUUUAAAAAUACUCAGGACUUCCUUGACCGCCUGCUGACAAAAACAUGGGCCCAAGUUGAGGGUGUUGACUUCAAUACCACCACAAAAACAUUCAGAAACCUCGACAAGGACAUUUUCCAAGAUGUGUGUAAGAAGUGGGGCUGUGCAGAAGAAAUACUGGUCUCCGUGACUUUAGGAGAACAAGAACUGGAAGACUCUAUUGCCUGCUGUUUCAAACAUCACCUGAUGAAAUCGCAGAAAACAGGGUUCUUCGCAUCCAUGUGUAAGGCAAUCUCCAAUUUCUGCAGUUCCAGAAAUAGGGUUGGUGUUUAAUGUACGUCGAAUGUCUGUCUACUAUGUUAGGGUUUUCUUCGGGCGCUCCGAGUGUUUCUCCCACAUUUAAUUAUCAU